AUGGUGAAGGUCAACUUCAACCCAGAGACCGAGAUCCCUAGUCUUCAGGGCAAGGUAUUCCUUAUCACAGGCGGAACCGCCGGGCUCGGGAAAGAGACGCUGAAGGAGCUAGCCAAGCACAAGCCCGCCCAUCUCUACUUCACCGGCCGCAACCAGAAGAGCGCCGACGCCAUCAUCUCGGAACUGAAGGCCAUCGACGCCUCGGUCGGCAUGACCUUCCUGGAGUGCGACUUCGGCUCCCGCGCAUCCAUAGUCAAGGCCGCAGAGAGAUUCCACAGCGAUCGUCUGGAUGUGUUCAUUGCCUCGGCUGGCCUGAUGGCCGUGCCGGCGGAGACUACGGUCGACGGAUACGAGAUCCAGUUUGGGACGAGUCACAUGGGAAACUUUACGCUUCUGGCCCUGAUGCUGCCGAUCAUGCUUCGUACGGCGAAGCAGCCAGAUCCCGACGUGCGAUAUGUCGCCCUCACCUCUCUGGGUUAUGGGCUCCAUCCCAAAGGCGGCAUCAUAUUCGAUACGCUCAAGUCGAAGCAGGAAGAUAGGAAUACGUGGGUUCGAUACGGACAGUCCAAGCUAGCCAACAUCCUCACAACCAAAGAGCUAGCCCGCCGCCACCCAACCAUCACCAGCGUAGUCCUGCACCCAGGCACCGUCAAGACGGGUCUAGUCGACAACCUGUCGUUCGCAAACCGUAUGAUCGUCUACGUCACCAACCCGCAGGGCCUGAUGACGCCCGAGCAGGGCGCGUGCAACAUGCUGUGGGCGUCGACGACGCGGAAGGAGAACCUGAAGCCCGGGCAGUUCUAUACGCCUGUGGGGCAGGCUGCCAGUCUGAUGAGAGAGGGGGAGAACAUGGAGCUGGCGAGGCGCUUGUGGGAGUGGAGUGAGAAGGAGAUUGCUGGGCUGAAACUUGGAUGA